ACCCGUUUUAAAAUAACCAGAUGCCUCGACCCGGUGCAGUUGUUUACUUCCGCACGCAGCAUAACUCAGGAUCCUAUUCCCACGCUCAUAUCUUCACUAAAAUUCAAAUUCAAAUAUGUUGUAACCACUCUCAACUGUUAUGAUCAAUGGACCAGCCACCAUCUCCACGCAGAAAUCCUUCCCGAUCGACAGAUAUGGUGCUCGACGAAAAAGACUCGGCACGUUCUACAGAAAGUGAAUUGGCAGGACGCAAGCGAGUAGUUCGGACGGGUGAUCCAUACUACGAGGCAGCCGUUAAACGUCGCAGCGGUGGAACAGCACUCGAUGAAUUCUUGCACAAGAGGAUGCUUUCAACGAUGCCUUCAAAUGUCAACACAAGGAACAAUGCUAAUACAAAUGCUGAUAAAGUUUUUACCGAAAGGCAACCUCUCCGAUCUCUUGACAUCAAUGCGCCUGCUCUGAACAUCCCUUUGUCAACUCAGCAGCACGUCCCGGGGUUCAAUCAAACGCAGCCAUGUGUCACACAAAACUCUUUAUCUGGAAGUGUCGGCCAGUAUGCUCCUGCUCAUUAUAAUCAACCAAAAGAAAAUGUUGUCAAAAGUAGUGGCCAUGAGAACACACAAUUAUAUAUUGAUGGAUGUGGUAAUUCUGAGGCUCCCAGACGUAGAGGAAGAGGUCCUGCAGUUUCAAAGUUGUAUUCGCACAUGCUUGCUGUUGAUGCUCCAGUUGUAUCAAAAAAAGACUCAGUAAAAAAGGAUGUUUCAAAGCCGCGACGUCGUGGUCCAGGGGUUAACAAAAUAAUAAAUUCCCAAGAAUCAGUGAUUGAUCUUAACAAAGCGCCGAAGGCUGCAAAGAAACCAAGAACCAGAGGUCUAGGAAUUGAAAAAUUAUUGGCGCAGAGGUUUGGUAAUGAAGAUGGCAAUAAAACAGAUGACAUUAAUACACCAUGCACACAGGGAGCUACUCACAAGUCUCCAACUACUGCCGAUUGCAGGACUCCCGGUAGCACUGUAACCUACCAGACAAGUGUUCCUCACUUGCACAGCACAAACAGGCAUGCUCCUCACAACACGUCUGAGAAUUCAAGUUCUACUUUCGCAUCGUCUUAUGUGUUGUCCCGGCUACACGAAUCAGAGUCUAGCAGACCUUUCCGGCCAAGUAGUGGCGCGUCUACGUCUGGUGUUAAGGAUCUCUCCCGGGAUUUUGACGAUGCAGCUGAUGAUACAGAGCAUGAUAAUCUGUAUGAUGAAGGUGAGGAUGCGACUGAGGAUUCUAAUCCUGAUAUGUGGCAAGGCUAUGCCAACCUCGGUCCUCCAAAUGCUAUUUGCCGACAAUGUAACGGAAUAAUGUGGGAUAUGGAGCGCAACAAUAAAUCAAAUCCGAAUGCAGCUCCAACUUUCUCUUUGUGUUGUAAGAGUGGCCAAGUUGUUCUCCCCCCUGAGAAGCAUGCUCCAGAGCCUCUAGCUUCUUUACUCUAUGGAGGUCCCAAAUCAACUCAUUUUCGUAAGAACAUCCGGGUGUAUAAUUGUAUGUUUGCAAUGUGUUCAAGUGGUGGGAAAAUAGACCAUAAAAUAAAUAGAGGUGGAGCGCCGUUCUGUUUCAAGAUCAGAGGACAGAAUCUUCAUUUUAUUGGAAGCCUCAUUCCUGAUGAAGGGGAAAAACCAAAGUUUUGUCAGCUAUACAUUUAUGACACUGAUAAUGAGCAAUCUAACAGGAUUGGUGCUGUUGGAGCAAAGGUCGAUGAUGUUGAUCUAGACAUAGUUGACAGUCUCACACGGAUGCUUGACGAAAAUAAUAAGCUGGUUAGUUAUUUUCGCACUGCCCAGAGGAGAUUCAAAAGUAAUGAACAAGAAGACUUCAAACUGGUACUUAUAUCAUCACAGGCAGAAAAUGGUCGUCCGAACAUUAUAGGUCCAUCCAAUGAGGUUGCAGGUUUGAUUGUUAAUGCUACUGCAGACACGGCUGGAUGUAGAGACACUGUAUGCCAAACCAACCAAGGAUAUCUAAAGCGGGUAUUCGAAACAGAUGCUUAUUUUAUGCAGCUUCAAUUUCCCCUUUUAUUUCCACAAGGAGAUGAUGGAUACCACACUGAAAUUCCAUUGAAAAAUUGCAAGAAAAGAAGACCAGAACCAGCUGAUAAUGAUGAGACAGAAGGUGAUCGAAAGUUCAGAGAGCAUGUUACAAUGAAAGAGUAUUAUUCCUAUAAAUUGAUGAUACGGACAAAUGAAGGAUUGACUCCGCAUCUUGGUGGAAGGUUGUGGCAACAAUAUGUGGUUGAUGCUUUUACAGCCAUGGAGCAGUAUAGACUGGAUUGGAUAUCUCGAAACCAAACCACUAUUCGUUCUGACCUCUACAACUCUGUACGUGAUGCAGUGCGUAGGGGAGAUAAUGAUCCUUCACAUGUUGGAAAAUGUGUGAUACUUCCGGCAUCUUUUACAGGUUCCAAGCGGUAUAUGUCUCAGUAUUUUAAAGAUUCGCUUGCACUGUGUCGCAGUAUUGGCCAUCCAUCUCUUUUCUUAACAAUGACAACAAAUUCAAAAUGGCCUGAGAUUACAGAAAUGAUGAAGCACUUGCCUGGAGUAAAUGUUGCAGAUGCUCCAGAUGUUGUUGCACGUGUAUUUAAAAUGAAACUUGACCAGCUAAUCGACCUCAUAAAAAAGAAGCAUUUCUUUGGCCGUUGUAUUGGGUUGAUGCAUGUAAUUGAAUUCCAGAAGCGUGGGUUGCCACAUGCUCAUAUGUUGGUAUGGCUAGACGACAAAGACAAGCCUAAGACGGCUGAACAGAUUGACAAAUUAGUGAGUGCAGAAAUUCCAGAUGAAGAGUCAGAUCCUAUUUGUUAUCAGGCAGUGAAAAAUUAUAUGAUUCAUGGUCCGUGUGGGAAAGACACUUCUUACUCCCCAUGCAUGGUUAAUGAUAAAUGUGGACGUCACUUCCCAAAAAGGUUUAAUGGAGUAACAUGUUUCGAUGAAUGUGGGUUUCCUAAUUAUCGGCGUCGAGACACAGGCAAGACAGUUAAGAGGAAGGGUGUGCUUCUCAACAAUAGGUUUGUUGUCCCGUAUAAUAGGGAACUACUGCUUCGUUUCCAAUGCCAUAUAAACUUAGAGAUAUGCAAUAAUUCCCGCUCCUUGAAGUACCUGUUCAAAUAUUGUCUCAAAGGACAUGAUACUGCUACCAUGCUUCUAAAGCGAAAAAAUGAUAAAUCAAGUGCAGUUGAUUGUCAAGAACGAAAAGGAAAGAUUUUUGAUGAGGUUAGGCAUUAUCUUGAUGGGCGUUACGUUUCAGCUUCUGAAGCAGCUUGGAGAAUUUUAGGCUUUGGCAUUCAUUCUCGAUGGCCAUCUGUUGACCGAUUACCCAUCCAUUUGCCAGAUAGCAAGUAUGUUAGCUUCAAAACAGGAGAAUCUUUGCAGAAUGUUUGUCAUCGUGCUGAUUCUAAAAGAUCCAAACUGGAAGCUUGGUUCUUAGCAAACAAACUACUGCCGGAUGCUAAAAACUACACGUAUAAUGAAUUUCCGAGUUAUUUUACAUGGCUUCCCAAAGAGUGCAAGUGGAAGUAUAGACAGAGGGGUGAUGUAGUUGGGAGGCUGUCGGAGGUUCAUGCUACAGCCGGUGAUUUGCUCUAUCUCAGAAUGUUGCUGAUGCGGAAAAAGGGCUGUUUAGGAUUUGAGGACAUACGGACGGUCGAUGGUGUUGUGUAUGACACUUUUAAGGAGGCAUGUGGUGCUAUGGGUCUUUUACAAGACGACAACCAGUGGCAUGAGGCAUUGUCCGAAAACUCUCACUCAGCCUUCCCUCAUCAAUUACGUGAAAUGUUUGUGAAUAUUUUGGCACAUAAUACUGUUGCUGAUCCACUUUUAUUAUGGACUCGACACUGGAAAUGUAUGUCGGAAGAUAUUCUGAGGAAGCAAAGGAGCACAACUGGUAUCAAUGAUCUUGAACUACCCGAAGUUGACAUACAUAAUUACACUCUAGCAGAAAUUGAAAAAUUGUUUAAUGAUAUUGGAAAGAGUUUGAAAGACUUCCCAGACCUGCCUUUCCCAACAGAUAACUACAGAAAUGCUGAUUUGAAUAGGCUUAUCAUAGAGGAGACAUCAUACAAUGUUAGAGAGAUGAAGGAGGUUCACGAUGCUAACUACCAGAAGUUAAAUUCAGGCCAGAGGUGUGUAUAUAAUUCAGUCAUUGAUUCUGUGCUCGCAAAGAAGGGUGGAUUAUUCUUUGUACACGGAAGUGGUGGAUGCGGCAAGACUUUUCUUUGGCAAACAGUGAUAGCUUACCUUCGUUCAGAACGUCGAAUUGUAAUCCCUGUUGCUUCUUCAGGGAUUGCAGCGACACUGCUCCCAGGUGGGAGGACUGCACACUCUCGCUUCCAUAUACCUAUAAAGCUUGAUCAAUACUCCUGUGCUGGCAUUAAACAUGGUACUGACCUUGCUGAAUUAAUCAAACUCACCGAUUUGAUUAUUUGGGAUGAGGCGCCUAUGCAACACCGCUAUGCUUUUGAGUGUGUUGAUCGUACUUUACGGGACAUUAUGUCUGCCGUUGAUCCUGAAAGAGCCAAAAAACCAUUUGGUGGAAUAACUGUAGUGUUUGGUGGGGAUUUCCGUCAGAUUUUGCCUGUUAUUCCAAAAGCUUCGAGAGCAGAAAUCAUUGCAGCAGCUUUGAAUAAAUCUAAACUAUGGGAUCACUGCCAGGUGUUCCUUCUAUUUCAGAACAUGCGAUUGCAUGCUGGGAAUAGUCCUGAGCAUAACCAGAUGAUAAAAGAAUUUAGUGAAUGGCAGCUCCAGAUUGGCGAUGGAAAAGUAGAUCCAAUUCGAAUAAAGGAACACAUUUCCGAGGUGUUAUUCAAAUUACCUGAGCAACACGUUGUCCACUCACAUGACACACCUGUUCAAGAUUUGAUUGAAAUUAUAUAUCCGUCCUUCUCUGAAAACAUGUUUUCUCGGCACUACCUUAGUUCUCGCGCCAUUCUCACUCCUACAAAUGCUGUGGUAGAUGACAUCAAUUCUGCCAUUCUUGAUAAGUUGCCAGGGGAUGUACACACAUAUUUUAGUCAGGACUCCUUGGAGGAUAAAGGCCCGGAGGAAAAUGAGUUUGAUGAAUCAUUCCCGGUGGAAUAUUUGAACUCUCUGAACAUGCCAUGUAUUCCUAAACAUGAGCUCAAAAUCAAGAUAGGAACUCCAGUGAUGCUGAUGAGAAAUCUGAACCAAAUUAAUGGGCUAUGCAAUGGUACUCGGAUGAUUGUCACGGGUUGUAAGAAGAACAGCAUUGAAUGUGAAAUAAUGUGUGGUUCACACAUUGGUACUAAGCAUCUAAUACCACGUAUUGAGAUGAUACCUACCGAGACACCAUGGCCAUUUGAUUUCAAGAGAACUCAAUUUCCUCUUCAGAUAUGUUUUGCUAUGACCAUAAACAAAAGCCAAGGACAGUCACUUGAUAAAGUAGGGAUUUUCUUACCAAGACCAGUAUUUUGUCAUGGACAGUUAUAUGUUGCAGUUUCUAGAGUUACUUCUGCUUCUGGACUUCAUAUUCUGGUGGUUAAUGACGAAGGCAAGACUACUGAUAUUACCUCAAAUGUUGUUUUUCAGGAGGUUUUUUACAACAUACCAAGUGUAGAUGCAGGUUAAUAUGUGUUGCACUCUUUAUUGACUCUGUUAGUAAUAUUUAUGUUGAUGUUAUGAAUUUAGCUAUUCUUUAUAAUUCUCGAGA